AUGGGGACACUUUGGUUUGGAGAAAUCAAGAAACAAGCCUCUUUGUUUCUUCAUGACAAGUACAAUGUUGCUAGACUUGUUCUCACCGAUGUUACCGAAAUUGAGCUGUUAGUAGAAGAAGUGACAAACGAUGAUCCUUCUUCUCCAGACGCUAAAACGAUGACUAAAAUAGCCGAGGCAUCGUUUAAUACAGUGGAUUACUGGAGAAUCGUGGAUGUCCUUCACAGAAAAAUAGGAAAAGGGGAAGGAGAGAUGAAGAAGUGGAGAGAAGCUUACAAGGCCAUGGUGUUGUUGGAGUUCUUAUUAACACAUGGUCCUCUUCAUUUGCCUCAUGAUUUUCUUUACGACUUGGACCAUAUUCGCUUCCUCUCAACCUUCCAAUACGUUGACGAUAAAGGGUUUGAUUGGGGAGCUAAGGUACAAAAGAAGGCGGAUCAGAUUCAAACACUUCUUCUAGGGAAAGAAGAACUAAGAGAAGCUCGUGCUAAAGCUCUCAAGAUCACCUCCCAAAUCAAUGGCUUCGGAAACUCCACAUGUUUCUCCACUCCUCCUCCGUCUCCUUCACCGGUCUCACCCUCGAGCUCCGGUACAACACUUACCGAAAGAGAAGCUAUGUCCGAGUCAGAUUCAUUGAUCGGCGUGGAUGACAAGAGGAACCGAGCCGCCGGUGAAGAGACGCUGAUCAGCGGAAUCUGCUCUAAGCUCGCCGGUUUUAGCCCUCUGAAGAAACUUCACGGCGGUCAUACGGCGGCCGGAUUUCAAGCGUUGUCGAACGUUGAGAGAGUUUCAAGUAAAUGUUACGACCGCCGCAAUUCUAUUGGCUACUGAUUAAAUUUGAUUCUUUGUAAUAAAAAAAAAAGAAAACGGUUCUGUUUUU